AUUUGAGAGGGAUAUUUGCUACGUAUCCUUCGUUAUCAUAAGAACGACCAAGCUAAUCAAAUAUACAUCGAUGUUUACACUACCAUGGUUUCACGCCACUGAGACAUUAUUGGAGAGGGAUAUUUGCUGCGUGUCCUUCGUUAUCAUAAGAACAAGCAAACUGAUCAAUCGUACAUCGAUCUUUACACCACCAUGGUUUCACGCCACUUCCUGCAGCAAAGCGCCAUCGCCAUAAGCAUCGCCAGCCUAUUCUACAAUAUCGCAGAAGGCGUCAUCUCCAUGGUCUUUGGUGCAGAAUCAUCCUCGCACUCUCUCAUCUUCUUUGGCAUUCAAUCGAUAAUCGAAGUGCUCUCAGCCUCACUCGUGGUUUGGAGAUUUACGAACGGACUCAAAGCUGGUGAAGAAGGUGACGAUGGAUCUGAAGUCAGAAAGGGCAAAGACCUGAGGAUAGAGAGAAUUGCAACAUUGGCUAUAGGGAUUCUCCUCGCGAUGCUGACUCUAGCAGCUGUGGGUACAUCCAUCGCCUCCCUCAUCGCCCAUGACCACCCCAGUCCAUCCAACGCAUCACUCAUCAUCGCUGCGAGUGCUGCCUUCAUCAUGUUCUUGUUCUGGGUACCGAAGCGCUACCUUGCAAAGGCGCUAGACUCCAGCACGAUGAACGGCGAGGCACUCUGUACUUUGUCAUGCAUCCAGUUUAGCGGUGCGUUGUUGAUCGGCUCCCUUGUAUACCGUGUCUGGCGCGGUGGGUGGUGGGUUGACUCUGCCACUGCCAUCGUGAUUACUAUGCUUUUUGGUUGGGAGAGCUUCAAGAUGAUUAGGUGGGCAAGCAACGAUAAAUUCAAUGGCAGUUGUUGUUGUGGACAAGAGGGACGAAAGGCAGAUGAACAAGCCAUCCCCGGAGUUAUCAUGAUGCAGCAGCCUAGUGCAGCUCCCCAGCGCUGCUGUGGCGAACCCGAUUGUUGCAAGGCUUCACAAGAAAGUGGCGACAAAGUAUAGUAUAUUCAGAUCAUAGUCAAUAUUGUACACCAAGUAUUGUGCCUGAAGAGUAUAAGACGGAUAUGAUGUACUAGACCAAGUGACUUUUCCAGUAUAGGAGUUCUACACCACUAGAGUAUGACGGAACUAAGCGAUGGUCGGCGUGGUUUGAUACCUUGCUGUCGCUGUCCACAACCAUAGAGAUCACGGAUGUUGAAUUGCGGUCAGGAAUGUAGUGUGUGCCCUGUUCGACCUCAUUCGAGGGAAUCCCAUGGCU